AUGCAAAAAACUCCAUCGGAACGUUCCUCAGAAGGCUCAACCGAACAGCCAUCAAUCACAUCGCCGUGGAGUCCGGAGGAGAGACUGACUGUUGUUGCUAAACUGCACGACCUGGAGCUGGUAAAUAAACGUCUAACCGAGGAGAAAUCCCACUUGCAAAGGCAACUGCAACACGUCUUGCGACGACUCGCCUCCGAUCGUUUCAUUCGACAUGGGAGAGACUUAGAGGAUGUAUCCAAUUUGCUCUGUGAACUCAUUCAAUCCGCAGAGGUAGAACGACCGAGCAGUAGCAGCAUUCAAGCACCUCUAGCCUCCACUGAAUCCACAAGUUGGAUGGAGUCCAACGGGCCAUUGUCGCUAACGCAAUAUUCUAGUCUCUCCGACACCUUCGAAAAAAUUGUUCUUGAACAGGACCCUGUCGCAAAAAUGAGUCUGGACCUUUCCUCCUCAGAAGAGGUGGAGGGUGGCCGACCCCCCGAAGAAGUAGUACAAUCUGGCAAAAAAAUUGAUGCUACAGCCACGACAUCGACAACUGCAGUCGAGCUCUACCAUUCGCCUUUAAGUUCUGAGGCCUCAGGGGAGCAGGUGGAUUGGGGGCUUCACAUUCCUCCGUCUUCGCCAGCGCUUUCGUAUUCAACCGAAUCCUUGGGCUCUAUUGAUGGCGCGUCGAUAUCUCAUGUUCGCGUACCACUGAGUUCAAAGACUCAUACAACUCCUCAAACGCCCAUUUUGUCUCGCCGACUCCAACACACAUCCUCUCUUCCCUCAUCACCACAUAAAUAUCUCCUUCGGCAGGAAACGCUCCGUGGGACUGAGGAGACCAGACAUUCAGUGUCAAAGUGGUUGGAGCUUUCUGUUUCGGAGGUAAUACAAAAAGCCAAACAGGAGGCAUUCAAGGCACCACCCAGUCCAAGGAAAGCGGAGAGCAUCGUUGAACACGCACAAAGGUCAUCUUAUGUUCCCCAUCCCCUGAGACAAGCACUCAAACGAAGUUCUCACAAACCAAGAGUCAAAGUUGGCCCAUCAGAGGACUUUUUAAAUGAAUUUUUUUCGUCCUCUGCAGCCACAAGUAAAACCCUUCACGAAGAAGGUCUUCACGCAGCCAUAAUUUUUAGCCGAUUUACAGAAGUGGCCAGAGAAUUAGGAAGUUUGUUCACUCAUCUGCAUGCCUACACGUGUGCACGAAAGCAUUGCUUUGCCAUUCAAAGCAUCCCUGCUCAAGAAUUGCAGAUAAGCAUCAACUACUUCCUUAAAACUCGGAGAACAAAUUUUGAUCGCCUAUGUGGAGAAGAAACGUCGUCUGAGGAGGCCCGUUCUACAGCUGGAAUACCUCUUACUACACCCACCAUUGAAAUCACUCCCUUACCUCAAAAAUCGCCGUCACUUCCUCCUCAUCCUUUCACUAGCCACUUCCGAAGCUCCUCCGCCUCCACGGAAUACAAUCUCCCUCCGACAGAGGACAGCAACAACAAUAUGGAGACAGAACACUUGGAAGCACAGAAGAAAAGCACGUAUCAAGCAGGCCCUCUUUCAAAGUUGAGUUCACGUUUCAAGUUGUGGCAGAGGUUUUGGUGUGUGCUGGCGGAUAAGUCUCUUCUUUUUUAUGCUGACGAAACCGAGGUGGAAAAGUGGCCAAAGAAGUGCAUUGAUUUGUCCGAUGUACAGCGAGUUGAGAGACGUCACGAUCAUCGGCCCGAAGGGAGAGGCAAAUCGACCAGCUCUUCUGCCAUCAAUUUAGUUUUACAAAGUGGAAAGAUUUGCACCGUUCGAUCUCCUAGGAUUACCGAAACGCGUGUUUGGGAGAAUAAAAUUCGUCGAGCUUUGCGUCGUGUUCAAGCGGAAAAGAUCUCGCACAUGUAUGGUGCACAGUUGGUCACCAGCGGUUGGCUGCGAAGAUACAGAAGAGGACAGAGCCACCGUGUGUGGGGAAUGCUGAUGGGGACGUUUCUAAUCUACUCUCGAGACUCCAGAGGGCAAUACUUGAUCGGUUUCCGAGAUCUCACAACUACCUAUAUUCGAUGCCCUGCAGAUCCUGAAGAAAGAGCUAUCGAUGUUGAUACUGAACUCACUUCUUCGCAAUUGGCAUACGAUGAUUACGAUGCACCGGACUCCGAGUCAGACACAGGGAUUGAUAUCAAUGGUGUCAGCAAUUUGACAAUUUCUCUGUGGGCUCCAAAUCGAGAUCCAGUGUAUUUGGUGUGUUCAAAUGAAGAUGAGUAUGAACGAUGGAAGUAUCACCUCUUCCGAGCGUGUUGGUUCUCAUCGCUACCCACCGAUCCAACAGUGAGCAGCACUGAACCUGAAUCGCGUUUCCUCCACCUGUGGAAACAGCUAGUUAGGCCACGUUGUGUCCUUCAUCGAAGCCAUUCCGAGGUUCCAUUAAAGGAGCCCCUUUCACGAAUUCUUGACACUUUGAUGGAAAAUGAUGCCCUUCGACUAUCCGAAAAACUCCUCUCACUUUCCACUCUGCAUGCCCGACGUCAGGAACGCAUGGUUGAAGAGGCUGAUCAUAGACCCAGUGCCAUGUAUCGCUUUCCAGUUGAUGCUGACAAGUACAAUUUAAUCAAAGAGAUUGCUCAAAUGUGUUUUGAGAGUAGCGGACUCAAAGAUGAACUCUUUCUGCAGCUGAUCAAGCAGGCCACCCCAUCUACUUACGCUCUUCGCACAGAGGUACGUCAGUUUGGUACAGAACCAACCCGAAGACGGGCAACCAGAGUUGUGGACCUUCUGUGUCAUCGCGACGGAGCUGAAGGGAGACGGGCCAUCAGUACGCAACGCCAACAAUCUGAAUCACAGCGCUAUUCCUCGCCACCGGGUUACUCGCACAAGUGGAUCCCCAUCAUUGUAAUGUGGGAAUGUUUGGCAAUUUACUCAACUGUAUUUCUCCCCUCACCGCCGGUGCUUGCCUGCCUUCAGGCUUACUUAUCCCAGUUCACCCUAAGGGCUGAGACAAGUCAGGAGGAGCACACGACCUCGCCCCAUGGCCGACGCAGAAGGACUACUGAGGCCCGAAAACUCUAUAGUGAAGUUAGUCGCUUUGCUGCCUUCUGCACAGAUAUGCUGAUGAGAUGCCGCAUUCGUGGGGGACGUCGAAUUGCACCUUCGUGCUUUGAAGUAGUAGCCAUUUCUUUACGCAAUCCAUACACUCACAGCCUCCCUUUCAGUCUCCCCAUUCACAUUCAUCUGCCCAGUGGCUACGAGGUUGUCAGUUUUGACGGAACGAUGAAGGUGUCCCAACUAAUGGGAAGUCUUCUUAACAAGCUUGGACUCUCUGAAGCAGUCACACAGAAUCUCUGCCACUGCGGGCUAUACUGUCGAAUCUCAGGUCCGCAGUACGUAUUUGGCAGAACUCCUGCGAGACCCAGGCUGAUAUAUUUGGAAGCUGACUGGAAUGUGUGCGAUGUGAUCUCACUCUAUGAAUCCACAUUGACUCGAACAGAUCAGGGAUCCGACUUCAGUCUUGAGGAUAUGACAAUCGACAUUGUCUUCCUUGUCACUGCAGUUUCCAAAAAGACCAUUGUUCAAACAUCCUCCCUGACCGAACGAAUAAUGGAUAUUGUUGCACACCAAAUUCACUCAGAUCUAUUAUCAGGUGAACUGAAUAUCAUUCUUCGUGGUGUGCACUUCCUUGAACUGACAGCUCUCAUGUGUCGCUGUGACUAUGUGGAUUAUGCCGAACUACAAAGACGGCAGGAAGUCAGUCUCACACAAAUAGUUGAUCAGUACUUUCCACAACACUGUCUCACUGUGUGGGGCCGUGAGGAUGAUCAAGCCUUGAUUGAACUUAAACUACUUCUCCUAGAAAGAUGGAAUAAGGUGUGCUGCGAGACUUCGCACCCUGAAAGCCCCACAGAUUCCACUGACGUCCGACUUCCUCGACCCUCCUAUGCCUAUACUAUGUACUUCUGGCGUCUGAAUCCAGCUGGAGCCUGUGUGCGCCACUUUCCCUGUAACUUGAUUAAUAUUCCAGAAGUGCCUCCUGACGAGACUAUAUGGUUGGCAUCCAGUUUUGAUAAGAUAAGCCUUCUCAGAAUUCACGCAUUUGAUAGCAUAGUGCCACACCCCGUUCAUCCCGUUGGCAUUGAAAGGGCUGUAUCAGGAAUGACCUGCUUUAAGCACAUACCUUUAAGUCGGGUCGUAUCCUUCGGUGUUCAACAGACUGGAGCUUUCUUUUUGGUCUUCUCCAAAGUCUCCAAGACACGCCAUUUACGCCGAAAGCAAGGACAUCAUAAAAGUCAUUCGAGUCGGGGUGAGAGUGCCGCCUCCACCACACCGACAGUAAUGGCAUCUGCAACCAGAGAACGAAGAAGAGCAUCUGUCCGUGAGCCCUAUGCAAAAAUGUCCUUUCCUGAGCCAGAGACACAACUGGAGAAGUUACUCUUCUUCGUGCGAGACCUCUGUGAGAUAAAUGAACUUUGUCAGGUGCUAACGUUUUAUCUGGAGAAUGUUUAG